GGCUUGUGCAGGAACCCGGAAGUGCGAGCCUCCAGAUGGAGGGGGAUCGGAAAGUGGAGCUCAGCGAAGCCCUGGCGCUCGGGCCAGGCUGGCGCCACGCCUGCCAUGCGCUUCUCUACGCGCCCGACCCCCGCAAGCUGUUUGGCCGCAUCCCGAUGCGCUUCGCGGUGCUGAUGCAGAUGCGCUUCGACGGGCGACUGGGCUUCCCUGGCGGCUUCGUGGACGCACAGGACAGCUGCCUGGAGGACGGGCUGAACCGUGAACUGCGCGAGGAGCUGGGCGAUGCGGUGUCUGCCUUCCGCGUGGAACGCUCGGACUACCAAAGCUCACGCAUCGCUGCCAGACCGCGCGUGGUGGCCCACUUCUAUGCCAAACGCCUGACGCUGGAACAGCUGCAGGCCGUGGAAGCCAGGGCACCUCUAGCCAAGGACCACGGGCUGGAGGUGCUGGGCCUGGUGCGGGUACCCCUGUACAUCAUGCGUGAUGGUGAGGGAGGCCUGCCUGCCUUUUUGGAGAAUGCCUUCAUUGGUGCUGCCCGGGAGCAGCUACUGGAAGCCCUUCAGGACUUGGAACUUCUGGAUCCCGGCACUGUUGCAAAACUCAAGAUCCCAGAUUCUAAGUAGAGUCGGCCCAGCAUGGACCCCCUGGAACCCAAGUGGAGGGCCAUGGUAUGA